AUGGCAGACACGACCGGUCACUUCCCGCUCGCCACCGCCGACCCGUACACGGGCUCCGACGGGCCGGAUGCAAUCGAUGACGGCAGCGCUGCGGGCGCAUCCGGCACCUCAAGCGGCGGCCUGGUGCUCUCCCAGGGGGCCGUCAUCGCCAUUAUCGUUGUCGUUGUCGUCGUCGCCCUCUUUGGCAUCUCAACCUCAAUCCUCUUCUUCGUAGCCAAGAAGCGCGAGUGGACAGUCAAGGAGACGCUACGGCGGUCAGCGAGGAAGGUGGUGACGGUGCUGACGCCACGGCGGAGCGAGUUUCCGCGGUCCGUCAAGGAAGGCCGCGGAGCAGGAGGAGGGCGGGUCCGGCUGGACGACGUGCCACCCACGCCCAAAAUCAAACCCGAGCACCUGGCUCUCGAUCUCGAGAAGGGAGUUGUUGGCGACAAGAACCAUAACAACAGCCAGGAUAAACAAGGGGGGAAGAAGAAGAAGCUUGCUAACUUUAGCCGGAAGUGA